AUGGAAAAACUAAAAACAAACAUAGUCUACAUCCGUCUGGGUAGGGUUCAUGUAAUAGUGGUAGUUUCACCAGAACUCUCCCGAGAAUUUCUGCAUAAACAUGAUUUUGUUUUCAUGUCAAGGCCUAUAACCAUGGCUACUGAAUAUGCAAGCUGGGGAUUCUUGACAACGGGACUUUCUCCAUGGGGAGAACAGUGGAAGAAAAUGAAAAGGAUUGUCAAUCAGGAGUUGUUUAGUCCAACCAGACUUCGGUGGCUACUUAACAAGAGGAAUGAAGAAACUGAUAAUCUUGUUUACUAUUUAUUCAAAUGGUGCAAUAAUCUAGAUGGAUCAGUAAUCAAUCUGAGUUUACCAAUAAAACAUUAUGGACCUGUUUCGCACGGGUAG